AUGACUUUCAGAUUUACAACUAAAAUGCAACUUCUGUCUUUACUCUUUCUGGUUAUUUUUGCUCUUAUGAGCUUCCAGAGCUUGGUUUUGGCGUGUAUUGCCAACGGCAAUGGCUGCCAACCUAACGGAAGUCAAGGAAACUGUUGUUCGGGAAAUUGUUACAAAGAAGACUUACAACUAAAAACGCAACUUCUAUCUUUAAUAUUUCUGGUUAUUUUCGCUCUUAUGAGCUUCCAGAGCGUGGUUUUGGCGUGUAUUGCCAAAGGCAAUGGCUGCCAACCUAACGGAAGUCAAGGAAAUUGUUGUUCGGGAAAUUGUUACAAGGAAGGCAAUUGGGCAGCUGGUUACUGCAGAUGAACGAUAUUAUUAAGUUAACAACUAAAAUAUGGCAAUAAAUUUUAAAUAUAUAUUUUAGAUACC